AUGAGAGCUGUUGUGCUUGCUCUGACUGUGGCCCUUGCGGCAAGUCAACAGAUCAACCUUGCUCCAGAGUUUGCUGCUGGUAAGACCUAUGUCUACAAGUACGAAGGUCAGGUCUUGGGCGGUCUGCCUCAGGAGGGUCUGGGCAAGGCUGGCAUGAAAGUCAGCUGCAAGGCUCUCAUCAGGGCUGAGGCGCGGAAUACGUUCCUCCUGAAGCUCGCGGAUCCUCAGAUUUUUGAGUACGCUGGAAUCUGGCCCCAAGAUCCUUUCGCUCCUGCUUCUAAGCUCACCGCAGCACUGAACGCUCAGCUUGCGACUCCCAUCAAAUUUGAGUAUGCUAAUGGUGCGGUAGGUCAAAUAUUCGCCCCUGCUGGAGUGUCUGCUACUGUCCUGAAUGUGCACAGAGGCAUCCUCAACAUUCUUCAGCUCAACCUCAAGAACACCCAGAAUGUCUAUGAGAUGCAUGAAGCUGGAGCUCAUGGAGUCUGCAAGACUCACUACAUGAUCACUGAAGAUGCAAAGACCCGUCAGGUUGCUGUGACAAAGUCCAAAGACUUGACCAACUGCCAUGAAAGGGUCUUUAAGGAUGUCGGUUUGGCUUACGCUGAGAAGUGUGCUGAAUGCCAGCAGAGGCUUCAGAGUCUGACUGGAACUGCAACAUACAGCUACCGCCUAAAGCCAGGUGAUGCUGGUGUUCAGGUGUCUGAGGCUACAGCUGAAGAGAUCCAUCAGUUCUCACUGUUCAAUACAAUGACUGGAGCAGCCCAAAUGAGAGCCAGGCAAACUUUGACCCUAGAGGAGGUGCAGGGUACCCCCAUUGCCCCUGCCAGCGGUGAAUAUGCAGCUCGUGGAUCCGUGAAGUACGAGUUUGGCGCUGAGACUCUCCAAACCCCCAUUCAGCUUCUGAAGAUCACCAAUGCAGAGGCUCAGACUGCAGAGGUCUUGCAGCAUCUGGCUGCAAACAAUGUGGCCACGGUCCAUGAGGAUGCUCCACUGAAGUUUCUUCAGCUAGUCCAGCUCAUGCGUGCUGCUACUUUUGAGAAUAUACGGGCCAUUUGGGAUCAGUACAAGACCAAACCUCUUCACAGACGAUGGAUUCUGGAUGCAGCUCCUGUUGUGGGUACACCAGCAGCUUUGAGGUUCAUCAAGGAAAAGUUCCAAGCUGGUGAGUUCAGCGCCCCUGAAUUCACUCAGGCCCUUCUGCUUGGUUUGCACCUGGCCACCGCUGAUCCAGCCGCUAUUCAACAGGCUGCUGGUUUGGCUUUCAGUCCCAAAACCAAGGCCAUGCCAGCGCUGCGUGAGGUGAUCAUGCUUGGCUAUGGUUCCAUGGUUGCCAAAUACUGUGCUGAAGUUCCUACCUGUUCUGCUGAUCACUUGAAGCCUGUCCAUGACCAUGCUGCAGAGGCCAUUGCAAAGGGUGAAAUGUCUGAAAUCAGCCUGGCUCUGAAAGUUCUGGGCAAUGCUGGCCACCCUGCUAGCCUUAAACCCAUCAUGAAGCUUUUGCCUGGAUUUGGAUCUGCUGCUGCAGCCAUGCCCACGAAAGUCCAAGUUGACGCCAUUUUGGCACUCAGGAACAUUGCCAAGAAGGAGCCAAAGUUGGUCCAGCCAGUGGCACUGCAGCUUUUCAUGGAUAAGACCCUUCAUCCAGAAGCACGUAUGGUUGCCUGCGUUGCACUGUUUGAGACCAAACCCUCAGCGGCUCUUAUGUCCACUGUUGCUGGUGCUAUGGAGAAAGAGCCCAGCAAGGAAGUGGCCAGUUUUGCUUACACUUUCAUCAAGUCUCUGACUAGAAGCAUGGCCCCUGAUUUGAUGCAUGUAGCUGCUGCAGCUAAUGUUGCUGUCAGAAUCUUGAGCCCCAAACUGGACAGACUGAGCUACUUUUCCAGCACUGCUUUCCACUUGGACCUUUAUGUGUCUCCUCUCAUGGUUGGAGCUGCUGGUACUGCUUUCAUCAUCAAUGAUGCUGCCACCAUUGUGCCCAGAGCUGUUGUAGCAAAAGCACGUGCUUACCUGGCAGGAGCUGCUGCUGAUGUUCUAGAGGUUGGUGUCAGAACUGAAGGUCUUCAGGAAGCUCUACAAGGAACUCCAGCUGCAGAUGAGAAUGCUGAUCGCAUUACCAAGAUAAAGCACACCCUGAAAGCACUGAUGAAUUGGAAGGCAAUGCCAGCCAGUAAACCAUUGGGUUCCUUCUAUGUCAAAGCCUUUGGACAGGAAGUUGCUUUUGCCAACAUUGACAAAACCUUCAUUGACAACGCCAUUGAGAAGGCAGCACAGGCUGCUAAACCACGUGCACGUGAACUGCUGAAGGAGGCUGUUAAGGCCUUGCAAGCUGGCAUUGCCUUCCAAUAUGCUAAGCCUGUGCUGGCAGCUGAGGUGCGUCGCAUCAUCCCCACUGCUGUUGGUGUGCCAGUUGAGCUUGGUGUUUACUCUGCUGCUGUUGCUGGUGCAGCUGUCAAUGUUAAGGCUGCCAUUACACCUCCUCUACCUGAGAACCCAGAGACUGCCACUCUUGAUCAGCUGAUGAAGACUGAUUUCCAGGUGCAGGCUGAGGCCAGACCAAGUGUCGCCAUGCAGAACUUUGCUGUGGUUGGAGUGAACACUGCCCUGAUUCAGGCCGCUGUUAUGGCCAGAGGAAAGUUCCACACUGUUGCACCAGGCAAAGUGGCUGCAAGAGCUGACUUUGCAAGGCGCAGCUUCAAGUUGGAAAUCUUGCCAGCUGCAGCUCCUGAUCAUGUUGCUGCUGCCAGCUUUGAGACUGUCGCUGUGGCCAGAAAUAUUGAGGACCACCCAGCUGAGAGAAUAGCAUCUCUGGCACCUGCGGCACCCUCUGGUGCUCAGCCCUGGAUACCUGCUUCAAUCCAGAAGUCCCUGUGUGGUACUGCACCUUACUUUCACAUCAAGGGAUGCAUCGAGGUCGCAUCACGCCAUGCUGGCUUUAUGGGAUACAAUCCUCUUUACUAUAUUGUUGGACAGCACUCAGUUCGUAUUUCAGUGGGAAGAGGUGACGCUGCUGCGCUUGAAAGACUGGAGUUUGAAGCUCAUAUUGGUCCUCAGGCAGCUGAGAAACUUGUUAAACAAAUCAACAUUGCUGAAAUUGAAACUCAAGAAGAAAACAUCAUCCUGUUGAAAUUGAGGGAAUACUUGGAGGCUGGGCUGAAAAAUAUGAACUUCAGGGCAAGCAACUCAAGCAGGUCCGCUUCCUCCGUCAGCAGCAGCAUGAGUGCCAGCAGCUCUCGAAGCUCCUCUAGCGCUCGCUCAUCUCAGGCAAGUCUUAUGAGAGUGUACUUUAGAUCUGAAGAAACAACUCCUCAAACAUAUGGCCCCUUCAGGAAAUUCCACAUGGAUCAGCACUUGGCCUCACAAGGAAGAUCGAUGGCCAGCAUUGAGGCCCUCCAGAGACAGGCUAAGCUCCUUGGAGAUGCUAUUCCACCUGCUUUGGCUAUCAUUGCUCGUGCUGUUAGAAGUGACCGCAAGCUGGGAUACCAGUUUGCAGCUUACUUGGAUAAGCCCAAUGCAAGAGCGCAGCUAGUGCUUUCAUCCGCUGCUGAUGAUGAGAAAUGGAAGCUGUGUGCUGAUGGUGUCCUGCCAAGCAAGCAUAAAGCAAGCGCUAAGGUUGCUUGGGGUUCAGAGUGCCAGGACUUUUCUGCAACUGUUAAGGCUGAGACUGGUCUGCAUGAAUCAAGCCCUGCUGCUCGUUUUGAACUGGAGUGGGACAAAGCUCCAACACUUGUAACCCUUGCAGCCAUGUAUGCUAAAAGGGCUUGUGAAUACCUCCCAACACAAAAAGCAGCUCGGCUGGCUGGAAUUGCUGUCAACAGAGCUGAAAACAAAGCGAACGGGAUUGCCCUAAUUGUGGCUCUACCAACUAAGAAAUCUGUGAACGUCAUUAUGAAAGCUCCAACGAUGACCGCCGCAAAGACGGACAUGUCUCUUCCUGUUGCCCUGCCUAUUGAAAAAGACGGAAGCAUUCCAGCUCUCCAGAAUUUGGACAUUCGUGCCAUUGUUGAAAACUGGCUGAAUGAUUUCAAGGCCCAAAACUGGGACAUAUGA